ACCAUCCUGUGAGCCUCUACUGCUGUGAUUCCCGUCUCGUCUUUGGCCGUCCCCGUCUCCAUCCGUCCAAAAUGCGCGAAAUUGUGCAUUUGCAAGCCGGUCAGUGUGGAAACCAGAUCGGAGCAAAGUUCUGGGAGGUGAUCAGUGAUGAGCACGGCAUUGAUCCCACUGGUACCUACCAUGGAGACAGUGAUCUGCAGCUAGACAGGAUCAGCGUCUAUUAUAAUGAGGCCACAGGUGGAAAGUAUGUGCCCCGAGCCAUCUUGGUGGAUCUGGAGCCUGGGACGAUGGACUCAGUCAGAUCUGGCCCCUUUGGGCAGAUCUUUAGACCUGACAACUUUGUCUUUGGUCAGAGUGGAGCUGGAAACAACUGGGCCAAGGGCCACUACACUGAGGGAGCCGAGCUGGUGGACUCCGUCCUGGAUGUAGUGAGGAAAGAGGCUGAGAGCUGUGAUUGCCUCCAGGGCUUCCAGCUCACCCACUCCCUGGGUGGUGGCACUGGCUCUGGCAUGGGUACCCUUCUCAUUAGCAAGAUCCGUGAGGAGUACCCUGACCGCAUCAUGAACACCUUCAGUGUGGUGCCCUCUCCUAAGGUGUCCGACACUGUAGUAGAGCCCUACAACGCCACUCUUUCUGUCCACCAGCUGGUAGAAAACACUGAUGAGACCUACUGCAUUGACAAUGAAGCUCUCUAUGAUAUCUGCUUCCGCACACUUAAACUUACCACCCCCACUUAUGGAGAUCUCAACCACUUGGUGUCCGCCACCAUGAGUGGGGUGACCACCUGCCUGCGUUUCCCUGGCCAGCUCAACGCUGACCUCCGUAAACUAGCUGUCAAUAUGGUGCCAUUCCCCCGUCUGCACUUCUUCAUGCCCGGCUUCGCCCCCCUCACCAGCAGGGGCAGCCAGCAGUAUCGCUCCCUCUCUGUGCCCGAGCUCACCCAGCAGAUGUUCGAUGCCAAGAACAUGAUGGCCGCCUGUGACCCACGUCACGGCCGCUACCUCACCGUGGCUGCUGUAUUCCGGGGCCGCAUGUCCAUGAAGGAGGUGGACGAGCAGAUGUUGAAUGUGCAGAAUAAGAACAGCAGCUACUUUGUCGAAUGGAUACCAAACAAUGUGAAGACCGCCGUCUGUGACAUCCCACCCCGUGGCCUCAAAAUGGCUGCCACUUUCAUCGGCAACAGCACCGCCAUCCAGGAGCUGUUCAAGCGUAUCUCUGAGCAGUUCACUGCCAUGUUCCGCCGUAAGGCCUUCCUCCACUGGUACACCGGUGAGGGCAUGGAUGAGAUGGAGUUCACCGAGGCAGAGAGCAACAUGAACGACCUGGUGUCCGAGUACCAGCAGUACCAGGAUGCUACCGCUGAGGAAGGCGAGUUUGAGGAGGAGGGAGAGGAGGAGGUCGCCUAAAACCUCGGUCUACCCAGCUCCGAAACCACAUUUCAUAUCACCCAUCCCCCAUGCUGGUUCCUUACACCCUGCAACAUGAAUCAAAUGGUCCGCCACACUCUGGAAAACUGUUACCAUCUAGAUCGCUGUUACUCUAGUGUUAGACUUUGAUGUUAACUGAUACUAGUGAAGUUUGGUUUCCGUAUGUUGUGAAUGCACUGAAUUCUUCCCCUUUACAUUUGUCCUG